AUCUUAGAUGGAGCAACUCGUUGAAUUUCAAUAUCCCACAGCUUUUACGGUUUAAAUCAACACAUUAUGGGCGGGGAUCUCGUCGCAUACGCACACACACACAAAUGUGUUCUCGGGUACUGCGCGUGUGCAUGUUGACACGGAAUGAUUUACACCAAGAAGCAAGAAGAUGAGUGAUGACAUAUAUGAGGUCCCUGAGGGGACAGAAUAUCGUUACUUGGUCCAAGAUGAAGAGCAGGAGGAGAUCCAGUACGUCCGUCGCCACUACAUCAGUCCAUUCCUGGUGGUGUCCCGCAGGUGUAUGUUCCUCAUUGGCUGCGGCGUCCUGUCCCUCCUCGCUCUUGCCGGAUACCUGGCUUACAUAGCCGAGACCCCUCGUCUGGGACGUGCAGAGGUGGAGACAGAGUGCGGUUGGCUGCGUGGUAGCCUGAAAGAUGGGGCAUAUUCUUUUAAGGGCAUCCCGUAUGCCGUACCGCCUGUGGGUGAAAGCCGUUGGCGCCCCCCGGAGGACCUGCUGAAGGCGGGAAAGUGUUGGGACGGUGUGUACGAUGCCACACAAUUCCGCAGCAUAUGUGCGCAAGUGCAGCCCCUGCGUAAGAAUGGAAAAGUUUUGGGGCAGGAAGACUGCCUGCACCUCAGCGUGUGGACGCCGAGCCUUCGGCCCACCAAACCCUUGCCGGUCAUGGUAUGGAUCCACGGAGGGUACCUCCAUAUGCUGAGCGGCCAGGAAAAAGGUUACUCGCCCACCGAAGAACUGGCGGCACGGACGCAGACGGUGUACGUCAGUAUGAAUUACAGGCUCAAUGCGUUCGGCUUCAUGGCAUUGAAGGUGCUCAGGGAGGGGUCUGCCACCAACUCUUCAGGAAAUUAUGGCUUCAUGGAUCAGAUCCAAGCACUUCACUGGGUCCAGAAGAAUAUCCAUAAAUUUGGUGGGGAUGCAAAUAGGGUUACCAUAUUUGGCCAAAGCUCAGGUGGGACAUCAGUUUGGACCUUGAUGAUGUCACCGCUAGCCAAAGGUCUCUUCCAUCGUGCGAUCGACAUGAGCGGCUCGUACGUUUAUAACGCCUCCCUGGAGUCGGCCGAAAAAGACAACUUAGAAUUCCUGAAGAGCACCGGCUGCAAAGAUGCCGUCUGCCUGCGAGGCCUGAACAUCACUCAAGUCCUUCAGGCAAUUCCGUGGCAGCAGUACCCAUCCUGGGCAGCAGAUGACAUAAGCGAUCUUCCGGUGAAGGGUCAAUUUGUUGGGCCGGUAGCUGUAGUUGAUGGUCAUGUUCUCCUCGAGCCUCCAUUUAAGUCCUGGGAGAAGAAGAGCGGAGCCUACAAUGAUGUUCCUUUUGUGGUUGGAACAACAGAACAGGAAACUGACUAUGGUCGUCCAUAUGAGAACAUCUCAACAUGGAUGUGGGGUGACUAUCAGUGGUUUGUGAGAGAGAAACUGAUGCCUUUUGGAGAGAACGUGACCAAUCAGGCCCUCAGGCUGUACAACAGUUCGGCACCGUGUCCAACCCGUGAUCGAUGUCCGGAGAGACUCUACACCACCAUGACCUCUGACAUGAAGGCCACCUGCCCCAAUAAUGACCUGGCUAAAAGAGCUGCAGGAGCUUUGAAGAGCCCAGUUUACCGUUAUGUAGUGACUUACACCCCAUCGAGACAAGCAAGCGUCUCCAGCUUGCUUCCAUUUCCCAGUCGCUUUGCAUUUCAUCUUCUAGACAGCCUGGCCUUCUUUGGUGGUCUUGAAAUGGUUUUGGGAACCCUGUUACCUGCUGAUAUCAAAUUUCAGCAAGAGCUCACAAAGUAUUUCCUACAUUUUGCCAAAGAGGGUAAGAUGCCAGAAGAGUGGUCGGAGUUUCCUUCACACACUGCAUUGCUGGAUGAAACCGUUUCAUUCGUAAGCAGCUACUCGGCCCAGCGAUGUGACCUGUGGGAGAAGAACGGCUUCUACUCGUAUGCCUGGAUGAGCUAAGCCACAAUCAUGGGAUUUAUCGACCCGUCCACCACAUUUUCAUUUCGACCUGUGUGACAUAAGCAAAGCUUUACCGGGUGAUUAUGUAGCAGUAUCAAUACAUUGUGUAGGACUUUUCUGAGCGGGGAAUGUAUAACGCUUGCAUUUACAUGAUCCUAGAGGUAAAUAUGUUGGGGAAAUGACCAAUGAGAUCUCUUUAAUAUGUAAAUAUAUAUGAAAUGUUUUUUCCUAGACAGCAAUGAAAUGAAAUGUAUCUUUCUAAUGUGACAUAAAGACCCCACUAUGUCAUGUGUAUCCUCUACAGAGGAGGAUUUACUAGUGACGUGCUCAGGUUUGUUAUGGUGAGAAAGUCUUCAAUCAAAUAUAUGAGAGAUUUCAGCUCAACUCUUUUGAGCUAUGCUAUUCACAUUCAUUUGAUAGCUUUAAAGUCUGUAUCACCAAUUGUGAAUGUGAUACAUAAAUGAGAUUUCCAUUAACAUGCAAGUUUAAUUUAGCUACACACAUAGAUGGCAAUUGAAUCAGAAAUCUUCAUUAUUUAGGUUGUCAUUGCUUUUUUUAAACACUAUUUGAUUAUAAACUAAUAAUAACAAAGAGUGUUAACAAAAAUAGGUGCUAUGCUUUAAGUAAAUCCAAAGCUUUGAUGAUAUGAAUGAAAACCAAAGAAUGUGGUCAUCAUCCACACUAACAUCAUUCAUCUCUCUGAUCACUCUCUUUCUAUUUAACUGCUAUAAAAACAACACUGGAAGAUGGCGUAGAGUUGUAUUGAUCUUUUGUUUGGACGCGGUAGAUCCUUGCUAUUGAUGCAAUAACUGUUGGUGACUUUUAUGUAACUGUGAUCAAAGAGUCUUUUAGCAACCCGAACAGAGGCUUUUAAAUGUGGACUCUCACGCUGUCUCAAGUGCCGUCAAGCUAAAUUUGAUCCAGGAUCAGUCGAUUCUGCUUUAGCAUCAUCUGAAUGGAGAGACGGUCUUAGCCUUGUACAACUGGAUUAAA